GCCAAUGGCGCCGCGGCGGGGGCCGGGGCCCCGCUCGCACCCGCGGACGCUCAUUCAAAACGCGGCCGGGCUCGGGUGCCGGCAGCCCCGUACCCCUCGCCCCGGGGCUCCGGCGGGGAUGCCCGGCGGGGCUGCGGCCUGAGGCGCCCGCCCGCCCGCCGCCAUGCCGGUGAAGAACCGGUACAACCUGGUGGACGAUGGCUGCGACUCCCGCGUCCCGCUGCACAACGAGGAGGCCUUCCAGCACGGCAUCCACUUCCAGGCCAAGUACAUCGGUAGCUUGGACGUACCCAGGCCCAACAGCCGCGUGGAGAUUGUGGCAGCCAUGAGAAGGAUUCGGUAUGAAUUCAAAGCCAAGAACAUUAAGAAGAAGAAAGUGAGCAUUAUAGUGUCCGUGGAUGGGGUGAAGGUGAUUCUGCGCAAGAAGCAGAAGAGAAAGGAGUGGACCUGGGAUGAGAGUAAGAUGGUGGUGAUGCACGAUCCCGUGUACAGAAUCUUCUACGUGUCGCACGACUCACAAGACCUGAAAAUAUUUAGUUACAUCGCAAGGGACGGCGCUAACAACUCCUUCAGGUGCAACGUCUUCAAAUCGAAGAAGAAGAGCCAGGCGAUGCGGGUGGUGCGCACGGUGGGACAGGCCUUCGAGGUGUGCCACAAGCUGAGCCUGCAGCACGCCCUGCAGAACGCCGACGGGCAGGCGGACGGCGCCAGCGACAAGUCGGCCGAGGAGCAGGCGUUGGAAGUUCAUCAGAUAAAGGGCUCCAAGAUCACAGAUGCAGACGAGGUUGGCAUCGACUCUGACAGCGUCUGUGUGUCCGAGAGGGGACCCGGAGAGCUGCCCGCUGCCAGGGGGGACCUCGGCACGCUGAAACCUGGGCCAGCCUCAAAGGAUAAGAACUGCCAGGAUGCCGAGAACUGCUCCCUCCACCCAGCCAGCUCCCAGCAGCUCCUCAGCCCCAGCAGCCCCUGCUCCCCGGCCUCCAUCACCCCGCUGGCCUCCCAGCACUGCCUCCAGCUGCUCCAGCAGCAGCUCCUCCAGCAGCAGCAGCAGACGCAGGUGGCCGUGGCCCAGGUGCAGCUGCUGAAGGACCAACUGGCGGCCGAAACGGCGGCGCGGAUCGAAGCGCAGGCCCGGGUGCGGCAGCUCCUGCUGACCAACCGUGACCUGCUGCAACACGUCUCCCUGCUGGUGCGGCAGCUGACGGUGCUGGAAGCCCGGGAGCAGCACCGGCAGCCGGCUGACCGCUCCUUGCAAAGCCUGUCCCUGGCUCAGUCCCUCUCCCUGAACCUGAAGAACCAUUACAGCCUGGACGUCCACCUGCCCUCCACCUCCACCCCCGCCAGCAUCCUGGGCAGCCCCGUGGCCCCCGGCUCGCUGCCAGCCCUGGGCCCCGGCGACUCCUACCUCAACCUCGUCAGCCUGGAGAGGGGCGGCCGCCGCUACGGCAGCAAGGACGGGGACGAGUGCCUGGCUGUGCUGGAGGGGCAGGACGGGCUCAGCCGGCGCGUGGAGGGCUCCGAGGUCAGCGAAGUCGCUCUGCCCAACGGGAGCGGCCGGCAGAAGGCGGACGACAUGGACAGAGGGGACGAGGACAGGCGGCAGCAGCCCAUUCCCAAGCUCAACCCGCCACCGCCCAUCCUACGCAAAAGGUCGAGCAAAACCUCCCCGAGCCUGGAAGCGGAGGUGAAGCUCGAGAGCGCUGCCCACAUGAGCCUGCCCAGCCCUGGCGUCUCCAGCCUCACCAGCAUCGCCGCCAGCUCGCUCACCCUCUUGGACCCCGAGGCAAGGACUCCUGCACGGAGCGCUGCCUCCAGCACGGAGCCCGUCCCUGCCGGGACCUGCCAGCGCGCUCUGGGCAAGGACUGGACUGGGGAGAGCGGGCACGUGUCCCCCCUGGCCAGCAUCCGCGACCUGGCCGCCAGCGAGGCCACAGCCAAGGACUUGGCCGCCCUGGCCGGCCCCACGGACAGCACGCUGCCCUUCUCCCCCGCGGACGAUACCUGCUUGCACAUCAGCUUCUCCGAAGAUGAACUACUUGAACCAGAGCUGGACACCUCCCUGGGACCCAGCAGGGUCCCCUCUUAGUGGGACUGCGGCAGGUGGCAGCUGGCUGGCAGGCAGUGCCAGCAGCUCCAUCCACCAGCCCGUGCUGGGGUUGGGGGCCCAGGCUGGGAGGCAAGUCCCUUCGCUGUCGCCACCCCACGGAGCAGCUCCCCCCACCCCGUACGGGGCUGCCACGCAGGAUUUGACCCGGCCAGCCCCUGCCCUCACUCUGCGCCAGCUCACACUGCCUUCCCGCUGUCCCGUCCCUGCUGGCACAGCCAGGGUGCUGCACGGGGUCCCGGCGCGGGCAGCUCUCUCUCGCACAACUCGCGUUUGUCACUACAUCCCUUCCGUGGGCCAGGCGGCCGCAGGCAGCCCCACACCAGCCCCAGCCUUCCCACAGCAGACGGGUCCUUUUCCCAGCCCCUGGCAGGCAGCUCCGGAGGACGAGGAGCUGGCAGACAGCCCUGCUGAAGGCCAGGGCACGUUGGAUGGGGAUGGCGCUGGUUUGACUCACUCUGGGGAGGUUCCCACCCAGCCAGCGUUCCCCACGAGAUGCUCCACGGCAGAAACACCCCCGGGGAGUUGCACAGCUGGAGCCCCCCGCCCCGGGCACGGUGCAGGGCUGUGAACACCCGGACACGAGGCUGCUGUCACUGACCCCCGUUCACGGUGGGUGCCAGGUUGCCGCCGCGCUGCCACGGGCCGGGUCUCUCCAGGCCACGCUGCACCCAGCCCAGCCCUGAUUUUGGGGACAGCAGCCCCGCCGCCGUGUCCCCACAGGGUGAAGCCACCACUGCCUCCCUCCACAGGUGCCUUUUCCCACACCCCAGCACCCACUGCCCACCCAGCACCCCCCAGAGGCCACUAAUCGGGUGCAGGGCCAGCCCUGGGAGCCCGCUGCUGGGGUGGGUGACCCCCCCCCCCCCCCAGAGAAAGGGUGCACCCCAUGUCUUGGGGUCAGGGUGCGAGAGCCCUCCCGUGCGUAUCCAAGCUGCUGGUGCCUGCAGGCAGGAGGCUGCUCCAUCGUGCUGAUUUUAGGGUGUUAGGAUGUGGUUUGGGUUUGGUCUCGGAAGUGUGAGGGUCCUGGGAUGAGUUAGGUUUAAGGAAGAAGCCCAGCUCUGGGCGAAGGGCCGAGGGGAGGCCCCAGCGGUGCCACGUCGUGUCCCCUUCAACCCCCAGCGGGUUUUGGGGAGAGACCCGAGGAGAUGCUUUUCCACCUUGAUUGUUUGUGAGAGGACAUUGGGAAAGUGUUGGAGAGGUGAGAUUGGGGAAGUGUCAAUCAGAGAUGGAGACUCAGAGCAGCCGCACUGCCCGCUCCCGGCGCAGCACUGCUCCCACGGGGAGGGGGGGGGGAAGAUGGGGGGUGAUGGGAUUUGCACCCCAGAGCCAGCCACGGUGAUGCCGGGAGGAGCCGGGUGGGGACUGGCAGCAGCACCACUGGUGUCUGGGCCUGGGGGUUUGUAAAGCUGGGGCUGGGCUGUCCCGUAGCGUGGUAGAGACAGACCAGCCCGUCCGUAGGAAUAAAGUACUCCGUGGUUUGGUAACUGACUUUUAAAGGGGGGGGGGGGGGGGGGGAAAUAAAAAAAUAAAAGGUGUCUGAUUUG